UCUGUUCACAUCUAUAUAGCAGGUGCUUUAAAAAUGAAUAAAACAACCACACUAGACCCUUAGUGGAUACCAUACAGUCUAACUCCGUUCAGUAUAAAGGUAACAACAAGUGCUGAGGCAGGUAUAUAACGUUGUUCGGGGCCCAAAUAACACAGGUAAACUACGUCUCGGAUGCCACCCAAAGUGUCCAAAGAUACGACCCACGGUUGGCUGGUGGUGGCCACAUGCUCCGCGGCCUUCUUCUUGUUCAUUGGGAACGCUAGCUGCCUCGGUUUGGUGGAGGUGGAACUAAGUAGCUUGUUCAAAGAUUCCGGAUCUUCCCUGUCGGCCAUCAAUGCUCUGUAUAAUGGACUUGGCUGGGGUCUAGCUCCAGUUGUAGCGGCGUUAACUAAAUUUUUCUCCUGUCGUCUGCUCUCCUGUUGCGGAUCUUUCCUCUGUUUCCUCGGUUUCUUUGUAGCCUCGACUUCACAAUCACUUCCGGUAAUCGUAUUCUGUACAGGAGUUCUCCCAGGCAUAGGUUUCAGUCUAAUGGUUGUUUCAUCAAACAUUCUCCUCAGCGAAUACUUUGACAAGAAGCGCCCCCUGGCGCUUAUUAUCAGCGUCAUAGGUGGCGGUAUGGGUAUUGUUUUGUUUCCGCAUAUUUUUACAACCCUGAACCAAACGUACGGAAUCCACGGAACCUUCCUGAUCCUAUCUGCCCUAAACAGUCACGGGAUCAUGUUCUCAAUCCUUUAUGACGUCAGUCUGGCUAACAGCAAACCAAAUGCAAUGGCCAUAAUGAGGCAAGUUUACCGGACCGUAUUUGACCCCGAACUUCUGAGAUCGGCGCGGUACACGGGGGUGUGUGCGGCCUAUCUGUUGCUCUAUGUGGCCUAUGGGAUCCCUUUCCUGUUCCUUCCGGUCAAAAACGCAAAGACGGGACUCUCUAAGGAAGUGACAUCACUUUUGAUAUCUGUGAGCGGAAUCUCUAACCUUGCCUCCCGAUUCAUCAUGGCGGGACUCGCCAGCACUUCCGGUCAAAGACGACGCCUUUUUCUGUCUGUAUCUUUUGCUAUGAACGCGGUGUCCUUUCUCUUUUUUCCACUUUUUUCUGACAUUUUGUUUCUGUCAGUCGGGGCUGUGUUGUUUGGGUUUUCAGCUGGAAUCUUCAUCAGCAUCACACCCCCUGUAUUAAUAGACCUGUUUGGAGUAGACAAGUUGUCCAGCACCCUGGGGACUAACUACCUCGUCAUAGGGACCGGUUACCUUCUAGGGGGACCACUCAUGCGCCACCUAUCCCUGGCGAUGUCGGCCAUUGACCCCGUGUUCUACACUUCCGCCGGAUGUACAGUUAUGGGAAUGCUGUUGAUUAUGACAGUCUCUUGUGACGGCAGGAAUCUGGCGAGAAUUCUGAAGAUAAUUAAACGACAUUUUGCUCCAGUCUCAAUCCCCCCGGUGUUACCAAUUAAUACUGACGGUGGGAUAUUUACAAUUAGUUACCGGAAGUACUGAAAAUAGCGGAAGUAUACCGGUCAUGUCAGUGUGGGGGUCCCCGACAGGCGUGGACGAAGAUUCGAGUUUCAAUCAGAGCAGACUUAAGCUUGACCAUCAAACUUUAUCAAACUGUGAUUAAGAAGUAUUUUGCAUGUGCAUGUAUCCUACUAGUUAAAAGUAGUUAGAUAUCAAGAUGAAAUAUAUAUAAUGGAUAUGCAUGAAAGAAUUAUAACUGUUACUCCUAAGCGUAUCGUGUGUAGCUGCAUUGUGUUUAUGAUUGAUAUUACAAGAGAAGUGAACACAAUAGUCGUUCAUAUAUUUUUAUAUUAAUGUGAAAUAAAAAGAUGAUAACAAUAAUAAAAGUCAUGAUAAA